CGGGGCGUACAGAGUCAAGCUAGACACUUUCGUAAUAUUAGAGCGUUGUUUUUUAGUGUUCGCGUUUUGAGUGAUGGUGACAUUAUGUUGGAAAGGCGGACGAAUUCAGUGCUUAUGUGACUCGUGUCUGCAUUAUGACAGAUUUUAUUUUGAAUAGUUUUACUGUGCUAACAUUCGCUAACAUUAAUUAAAUCUAAAGGUUAUGUGAACAAGGUUUAUGAACUUUGAAGUGCUGGGAUAUGUCACCUUAUGUCUGGUAUGUCCAGCAGAAAGCGAGGGAAGGGAUCAAGGACGGGGAAGUGUGCAAGACAUGGUGGCUACACUUCAGGCACGGCGAGAAGAGUUGCAAGCAAAACUUAAUGACAGAAACCGAGAAUUAAAACAGCUAUGCAUACAGGAGGCAGAACUAACAGGAGUUUUGCCUCCAGAAACUCCUUUGGAACCUGGAGAGAUUCCACCAGCUUUCAGGCGCCGUGUGGGAACAGCAUUCACAUAUCCAGAGAACCUCAUCAACAACAACCAGCUGAAAUCUAAAGAGGAGGAGACACUGACUGCGUUGGAGUUGGAAUGUAAAAUACAGAAAGGGAUUGCUGAAGCAGCACUGGGACUUGCCAAUGAGACCACUUCAAGCAGAGCUGCUCGACGUAAGCAUAGGCUUAUGUACCAACAGAGCCGCCGUCGCCUGAUAGAACUAGAAGCAAGGCUUGACCUGUUACAGCAGUCCAACAAAUCACAACAUCCAAAGCAGAGGAAGAAGCCACGACCUCCUCUAGAUAGUGAUGUGGACUGUGUGGAUCGUGACACAGGAGGUGAUGCUCUCUCACAUGAUGGAGGUGUCAGUUUGUCACCACUCAGUCCUGAAGCAGUUGCUGGUGAAACACGUCGAUACUGGGACAUUCGUCACUCUGCAACCUACGAUGGCUUAUCUCGGCAUGCUGUGAGAGAUAUGAAAGGAGUCCAUCCUCAGUUACAACGACAUGGCAGUGGUGGGCACUUCUCAGGUGGGUUGGUUACAAGCUUGGGAACUGGAAGUGGGCAUGUACACUACAUACAGCAGUAUGCAACGCUGGGAAAUGAACUAGAAAAUCACCAUCCAAGACUAGAGACAGGGCCCACUUCAUCAGCUGUAUCCACUCUUCCCAGUAAUUGGAUGCGUCAUGAUCAGGGACUGUACACAGAGGUGGAUUCUGGAAUGCACUUGACACAUUCUCCCAUGCCACGAUAUCCAGUCUCACAUGUUUUGUCUCAGACACAGUCCCGUUGGCAUCAGGAAAGGAACAGGUUUGGGAGCCUGGAUCGACGGAAAGCUCCUGCACCUUCCCACAGUAGCAGCAGUCCUUGUUUGGAGACCUGGAGUACUGAAGACUUGGAGCUGCAAAUCCAUAUGCCAGCGUAUCAAGGUGUGAUGUAUGGUGUAUCAAAAUAUGGACACACCUCAGCACAGCCCUCACUCUUGUGUCCUCCUGUGGAGAUGAAACAAAAUCGGGCUGAUGAACCUCAUAUACAGCAGGUGGUACAGAGUACUCAUUCUGUAAGUGGGGGAGGAGGUAGAGCAUUGCUUCCAAAUCAGACAUAUCCAGAACACAGUUUGGGAAUAGAUGGACGUGGGGGAGGACUGCUCCGAACACAGUCUCUGGGUAGUGUAGAUCCCCAGCCAACUGACACGUUAAAUAGGAAACAUAAGGAGAAGGAAUGGUAUGAAACAUCGCUUGAUGCAGAUCCUUCACAAGCUACACAAGAGUCACAGUCCCGACCUGCCUCAUCCUUGCGAAAACGAUCUCCAGAACCUGGUGGACCAGCAACGAGUGAUGCUUCGAGCAAUCUUUCUAGAAGUAGUAGCAAUGUAUCCAGUGAACAGCAUCCUCGUUAUCGUGUGCACCAUGUGGUCACAAGUAGGAAUGAAACUUUUGACACAGUUGUGCCAUUUGAGUUGCCCAAGAAUCACACUGUUGUUCAGGCUGGGAAGUGGCAGCCAUAUCGGGAAGUGACCAAACCUUUUGAAAUGGCUGACUUCUACAAGUAUAGCACAAAGUUCCGAAAGAAUCAGGAGAUGGGACGUGCGUCUCAAGUGCCUUGUCCUGACUCCAGUCAACAGCAGCAGCAGCAGCAGCAGCAGCAGUCAUCAUACAGUACAAGUUCCCCAGGGUACCAAGCCCAAGCUCAUGCUUUCAGUGGCCCUGGUAUGUGCCUUAAUCGAGGUCCGCACUUGGAGUCUCCUACGCCCCAGCAGAAAGGAAAAUACAAACCCUUGCAACCAAUGACAUGUCAACCACUUGAUCCUGCUACAAGGAAUCUUGUGGUUUCACCAAAUGCAUCAUUGGAUGGUAGCCUGGUGUUGGGAAGUGAAGAGUCACUUGCUGCUGCUUUUUCAACAGAGAUGUUGGCCUGGUACCAAGAUCAGAACAUUCCUCGUUCGGCAACACUUGUCUAACAGCAAUACUUACAUGUGUCAUGUGGUAGGUUGUGAGUGUUCUUAAGAAAAUUUGAUGAGUUUCAUGAAACUUCCCACCUGUUUUUGUUGUAUGUAAAUGUCAUGUCAUCCAUCAAGGCACAUAUUCAUAUUUAAGUAUAUAUUUUUACUAUUGUGCACAUUUUGACUUAAUCUCUGAAGCCACUGAUUUGUUGAUGUGCAUGUUUGCCAUUAUAUAAUUUGUCCACAUAUUUUAGUUGUGAGCUUUUACCACUUGCACUCUUUCAUUUUAUCAUAUUUAACCACUUUAUUAUUUACUAUAUGGAUGCAAACCAAAGAUUUGACAUAAGAAAUUAUUUUUAGUACUUAGUACCUGUGUAACAAGAAUUCUAAUAUGAACGCCUUAUUCUGAGUGAUGUUUUGUUACGUCAGUAAAGAAGCAAACUGUGCUUGGCAUCACAUUUUUGAAAAGCUGACUUUAUUCUAAAAAUUGAUAGAUACGUACACCGUAAACUCAGAUUCAUGGUUGGAAUUCUUCAUGAUAACAGGCAGGGACUGGUGUGCUUAUUUGGUAAGAACCUUAGAAGUCUAGAGAAUUGCUAAAUGGGACGACUUAGCACAUAUCUGACUGCUUCUCUCGUAUGAUGUUGCAAGUUUGUAACAUACUCUUUCCCUACUAACUAAAACAUCUUAGUAUGUUGAAACCCCCAUUUAAAGUUUCUUUGCAGAGCAGUGAAUUUUAACACGAAACUGAGGAAAAUCUUAAAUUUUGGAAAUGAAACUCAAGUUAUUGACUAGGGGUUAUUGAAAUGGAAUGUUAAAUGAAAGAAAACCUUAAAUUGAGGACACGUAAAAUGGGGGCUUAACUAUAUUUCUGUUGCUUCUGUUAUCAUUGCAGUUAUCCUUCAAGAUUCUUCCUGAUUAACUCCCCAUAUUAAGAAGUUAUUUACAGUAUCUUGGCUUGGCUUAAUUUUCAUUUUUAUAUUUCUGCUGUGACACAUGUAGGAAGGACUAAGAGUCAAUAAUAUCUACAAAAGUGCGGCCAGUAAGUGUAAAAGGCAUACUUUACUGAUUAUAAUUACGAAUUUAUAGAAACCACUUGCAUGCCGGGAUAUAGUAAUGCAUGAUAUUGUAACGUGUUGGGCGUUUCUGAAGACGCCGUAGAGAUGGUUAAUUGGUUUAUUUAACAAUC